AUGCAUCAAUUGAAGCAACCACUACAAAUGAUGUUUGUUUCAAAAGAAUGGUCAAGUUGUGCAUGGGCAAAGAAACCUGAAGGGAAAGCUAUGAAGAAAAUCAUAAUGAAUGAUAAUACAUUUUGGCCUAGUGUGGUUUAUUCCAUAAAAACCACAAAGCCCCUUGUGAAUGUUUUAAGAAUAGUUGAUGGUGAGAGGACACUAGCAAUGGGAUUUAUUUAUGGUGCUAUGGAUGAGGCAAAAGAAAAGAUAGCAAAGAACUUGGAUGGAGACGUGUCUUCAUAUAAGGAGAUUUGGGAGAUCAUUGAUCAAAAGUGGGAGUUUCAAUUGCAUCGGGACUUGCAUGCAACUGCAUAUUACUUGAAUCCUCGAUUCAGAUGGAGUCCCAAUGUUUCCGAGCAUCCAGAGAUUAAAACUGGUUUGUAUAAGUGCGUGGAUAGACUCAUCAAGGACCAAGAAACAUAUGUGAAGGUCGAUGCCCAACUUGAUGAGUAUAAAUACAAGCGAGGAUUGUUUGGCUUCAGAUCAUCCUUAACAUCAUACUUAACACGUCCACCUGUUGAAUGGUGGGACAACUUUGGAGAUGAAGUUCCAGAACUCAAGUCAUUUGCAACAAGAGUUCUAGGUCUUACUUGUUCAGCAUCGGCAUGUGAACGUAAUUGGAAUACGUUCAAUCAAGUGCACACAAAGAGAAGAAAUCGUCUGAGCACAAAAAAGAUGAAUAGUUUGGUGUACAUUAUGUACAACAAAAAGUUGAAGCACAAAUUUUUUAAGAAACAAUCAUGA